UAGAGCGGCAGUAUGGCGGAGGAGUUGUUGUUGUUUUUUUUAUUUACGCUUUGAGGCGGCGUCCAGUCGGAGACUUUCUUUAGUAGUAAACUGGACGUUUUUUUUUAAACCAUAAAAGAACUUUUAAUAGUUUACAAAACAGGACAUCAACACUCGCAGGUCAGUUUUAGUUAUGAGUUUACGUAAACAUGUAUUUUUAAAGUCCUUUGAGAAGUUAUUCAACUCGGUGUACUCAUUAUUACACAACAACUAACGUUACAUUUGUGGACUGAAGUACAUGUGGGACAGUUUUAUCGCCAAAAGUCUUGUUUUUUGACACAAUUAUGGAUGGAUCAAAAGAGGUAGAGACCACAUCAUCUUUCAAUAAAACCAAAGAAAUAAACAGGACUUAUGUGAUCUCAGCACUCACAAAAUGUGGAGAAGACGCAUUUAAAACGCCAUCCUCUGGUGCAAAACUCACUCUUCAGAGAAAACCCAGCAGAACCACUGCAAACCAGCAUGAAGAAACCACACAGGAGAACCCAGGAGGAGAGAAACGCCUGACCCUUCAGCGCCGGACCAGGACAGGCUCCACAAACAGACCCAAAGUCCUGACCGAGCCCAAUCCAGCACCAUCUUCAGCAAAAGAGACCCACGAAACCAUCAAAACACCUGGGAAAACCUCCUGGAGUGCUCACAAAACAAGCUCUGAGAAGGUCAGUGCCACCCAUGGUGAGGGUAAAACCAUUUCCACACCUACAAGAAGAACCCAGUUUGAGAAAUGCAACUACAAAAAACAACCAUAACACAAACACUCCAGCAACAACAAAACAAAACCCACAACAACCAAACACACAGCCGCUGGGAGACACAAGCCACUGCAGAUGAGCACUGAGACUGCAAGUGAGAAGGCACAUACAGCACUCGAAGAGACCCACACAUCACAUUCAGCACAGGUGAGGAGACCCACAGCCCUAACUAAAUACACAGAACACUGCGACCGGAGCGAUAGAGCUGAACCCUCCGAAGCUGUGAGCAGAACAAGUGCUCUACGACCUCCGGAGCUGAAGAUGGAGAACAGUGCGGUCACUGUCGCUGUUCGAGCUAGACCCUUCACUUCAAGGGAAAAAAUUGAGAAAGCCCAUCAAGUCAUCUUCAUGAACGACCAAGAAACUGUUGUGCAACAUCCAGAUACCAAACAAAGCUACACAUUUACCUUUGACUUCUCCUUUUGCUCCAUCAAUGAAUCGGAUGCAAGCUUUGCCAGUCAGCAGGUGGUUUAUGAAAAACUGGCUCGGCCCUUGCUUGAAAGAGCAUUUGAAGGAUUUAACACGUGUCUUUUUGCAUACGGCCAAACGGGUUCUGGAAAGUCCUACACUAUGAUGGGAUUCGGUGAAGAGGCUGGCGUUAUUCCCAGAUUCUGCAAGGAACUUUUCUCGAGAUUGUCUGGAACUGAAAACAAAGAGAUCUCCUGCCAUCUGGAGAUGAGCUAUUUUGAGGUGUACAAUGAGAAAAUCCACGAUUUGCUGGUCGCAAAGGACGAGCAAAACCAGAAGAAAAUGCCUCUGCGUGUGAGAGAACAUCCUGUCAACGGGCCUUAUGUUGCAGACCUGUCCACGAACGUAGUCACAUCUUAUGCUGAUAUUAAGACUUGGCUUGAACUCGGUAACAAACAAAGAGCCACGGCCGCCACCGGCAUGAACGAUAAAAGCUCCAGAUCACACUCUGUUUUCACUCUGGUCAUGAUGCAAACUAAAACAGAGUUUGUGGAGGAAGAGGAGCAUGAUCACUGCAUCACCAGCCGGAUAAACCUGGUGGAUUUGGCAGGAAGUGAGCGCUGUACUUCAGCCCAGACCAGUGGAGACCGGCUCAGGGAGGGAGUGAGUAUCAACAAGUCUCUGCUCACGCUGGGAAAGGUGAUCUCGUCACUCUCAGAACAGGCUCAGACCAGAAAGAAAGUCUUCACCCCGUACAGAGAGUCAGUGCUCACAUGGUUACUGAAGGAAAGCCUCGGUGGAAACUCCAAGACGGCCAUGAUCGCCACCCUGAGCCCUGCAGCCAGCAACAUGGACGAGAGCCUGAGCACGUUACGCUACGCGCAGCAGGCCCGUAUGAUCAUUAACAUAGCCAAAGUCAACGAGGACACCAACGCCAGACUGAUCCGAGAGCUGAAAGCAGAGGUGGAGAAGCUCCGUGCGGCUCAGAUGAGCUCUCAGGGCAUCGAGCCGGAGAAAAUGAGACUGUUUCAGCAAGAGAUCACCUCUCUUAAGACUAAACUCUCGCAACAGGAGCAUGAAAUGGCCGAGGCUCACAGAACUUGGAAAGAAAGACUGGAAGAGGCAGAGAGGAGGAAGCGUGAAGAAACCAAAGAGCUGCAGCGCGCCGGCGUCACCUUUAAAGUGGAUAAUCGGCUGCCUAACCUUGUGAACCUGAAUGAGGAUCCGCAGCUGUCAGAGAUGCUGCUGUACAUGAUUAAAGAGGGCGAGACCAAGGUCGGCAAGCUCAAGUCUGAGUCGGCCCACGACAUCCAGCUGUCUGGAGCUCUCAUCGCCGAUGAGCACUGUGUCAUCUCCAGUGUGAAAGGUACCGUCAGCAUUAAACCGAAGCCAGACGCCAAGACCUUCGUGAAUGGACAUCUUGUGUCUGAGUGCACCUUUCUCCACCACGGAGACCGUGUGAUUCUUGGAGGAGAUCACUACUUUCGAUUCAACCACCCCGCCGAGGUUCAGAGCGGGAAGCGCGCGUCCUGUUGGAACAGUGGAGAUGGUCAAAAGGACUUUGAGUUUGCCAAAAACGAGCUGCUGUUGGCCCAGAGAGCUCAACUUGAAGCAGAGAUCGAGGCGGCUCGGUUGAAGGCCAAAGAGGAGAUGAUGCAGGGCAUUCAGGUGGCAAAAGAGAUGGCACAGAAGGAGCUGAGCGAGCAGAAGAGUCAGUACGAGAAGAGGAUCAAAGCUCUGGAGCGAGAGCUGGAGGAGGAGAGUGAACGCAAGAGAGACCAGGAGCUGGAUAAAAAGAGGGUCGUCAGCCAGAUAGAGCAGCUGCAGACGGCAAAGUCUCUGCUGGAGCAGGAAGUCAACACCCAUAACAGACGCCUGCAGAUAGAGGCCCAAGCUACGAGACAGGCGUUGGCUGAUCAUGAUAUCCGCCAUGCUAAGAUUGUAGAGGCCCUUGAAGCAGAGAAGAGGAAGAUUGCAGAAGAUCUUGCUCAGAUUGAGAGAAAACGUGCUCAAAAAAUGGUCCAGGCCACUAAAACGGCCUACCCACAGUGGGACGCCUUGAAGCUGUCUUUGAUGAUUGAAGAAGCAAACAAAAUCAGUGCCAAACUAAGGAAACACACAGUCUUCAGCAGACAUGAGGCAACCGAUAAAGAGAGCGAGGGUGGAGAUGGAGACGCCCAACUGCAGGUCCAAGUUCAGAACACCAAACUGGGAAUCUCCACCUUCUGGAGCCUGGAGAAGUUCCAGUGCAACUUGGCUGCCAUGAGGGAGCUUGAGCAGGGGGAGAGCGCCUCUAAAGAUGAUGACGUGUUUUACGACCCUAAUGAUGAGUGGGAACCAGACCUAUCUGCCUCUUCCUCAACCUCGUCUUUCUCUCGCAGAAGGAGUAGAAGUUUGCUGAAGAGCAGGAGGAUUUCUGGGCGUCUGUAUGAGAUCCGAGUGCACCCCAUUCAAAGCCUACACUGUGCUCCCUCACAGUCCACUGGGCUGAUGAACAAGCCCCCUCCUCUGCACUUCAGAACUUCUGACUCCGCCCUCCCAACCAUCUGCAAAGAUCUGAUUGGCUCUGCCGUGGCUUGUCUGCGGUCCUGCCAGUCGACAGAGGAGAAGAGCGAAAGCUUGGGUGACAAACUGACCCUGGAUCUGCUGGUGGUUCACCGUGCCGUGAGGUCCAUCGCAGACCUCUACGAGCACCUUGACGACGACAGUCAGGAGAACCUGUUUGCCUGCAGUACUGAAGCCCAGACUCAUCUAGUGAAGGCCACGUCUGCUGUUGAAAGGGCUGUGUUCAUAACCAUGCACUGGGUCUCCAGCAUUAAGGCCUGCUCUGAUCCAGUGUCUCAGAGAGCUGAGGAGCUCAAGACGGAUGUCAAGAAAAUUGGAGGCUACCUUCAGUUGCUCAUUCAGGGCUGUGACUCUGAGAUCUCCUCCAUGGUAACAGAGGCCCACACAAAACCAUCCAAUUGCAUGAGGCAGUCUACCAAAACCAACUGUACGCUGGCGGCAGUCAGUGGGACUGAUCUUCUUUUGACUGAACAUGGUUCAGAAAUCAUAGACAACAGGUCUGUGGUGGCUUCUUUGCGGAAUGGGAUUCGUCAGAGUGUGACCGAUGUUCUCCUCAUUGGUCAGAAGAUCACCACAGAGAUGCAUCAAGAUCUUUCAUCUGCUCAUAUACCAAUUCAGAAAUCCAACGCAAUGGAUGUCGCCAGCAGUCUGCAGAGCUACUUCCGCUGCUGUUUGUCGGAGAGGUCAGGCACUUCUGAGGAUCGUUCAGAAGAGGAUGAAGGCUCAGACUUGUGUGCCAUUCAGAACACCACCGCUAAACUCCUCAAGCUGAACCGAGCGAUCAAAGAUCUCCACUCAUCUUUGUUGCACUCUCUAAAGGGGAGGGGCAGCGACGCUGGCCUUAGUCAGACGAUACAGUCUCUGUCCAAGACAAUUGAUGAUGUCAUCAACGGCGUUCCGCGUGAAGUACCUGGAAGACGUUCUGACAGUCUUCGGCUUCCAUGUGAUAAGAACAUCAUGGCCUCCCGAGAUCAAGUGCACUCGGCGCUGAAGGCUUUAACAGCGGCGUUCGAUAAAAGCACAGACGGAAUGGAGACGCUGGACACAGACAGACCGUUUGUUCAGCCAGGUCAUGGCAGCAGAAAUCGAACGGUUCCUAAAGUUGUGCAUUCCCUUUCUUCAGGCAUUAGCACGUGUUCCAGAGAUGCCCGCUGGGUGUGAUUUUUGGAUAGCCACAGAUUGAAGGGGUACUAGUUACGUAUAUAACUAUA